AUGCAAGCAAACAGCCAGGAAAAUCGAGAAGACCAGGCGCCCCAGCCUUGUACUUUCCAGGAGCCAAUGAUAGCACCUAAGCACUUACAGGACGGAUCAACAGCGGUAGCUGAGCAGCUGGAGACAAUUGAUUUAAGUGAUGGUUCCCUUGCCCCGAGACCCAUCUCCAUCAGCAUCCAUUUGACAAACGAAGAGAAGAAGGCUUUGGUAUCGUUGUUGAAGGAAUUUCGGGAUGUGUUUGCUUGGAGCUACGAGGAAAUGCCCGGCUUAAAUCCAAGCUUGGUAAGUCAUACUUUGAAUAUUGAGCUUGGUACAAGACCUGUUGUGCAGCCGAGGAGAAACUUUCAUCCUGAGAUUGAAAAGCAAAUUAAGGUGGAAAUUGAGAAGCUGUUAGCUGCCGGAUUCAUCAAGCCAAUCAAGCAUCCAACGUGGCUAGCAAAUAUUGUCCCUGUGAAAAAGAAGACCGGAGUAAUUCGAAUAUGUACGGACUACCGAGACCUCAACCGAGCUUGUCCAAAAGAUGAAUUUCCGCUGCCCAACAUGGAUAUCUUGAUCGAUUCGACCUCGGGUCAAGGCAUGCUGUCAUUCAUGGAUGGGUUUAGUGGCUACAAUCAGAUCAAAAUGUCACCCAAAGAUGCAGAGAAAACAGCCUUUCGAACGCCAUAUGGGAACUUUUAUUACACAGUCAUGCCGUUUGGCCUAAAAAAUGCUGGCGCUACCUAUCAAAGAGCCAUGACAGCAGUGUUUCACGACAUGAUGGGGAAAGAAGUCGAAGAUUAUGUGGAUGAUCUUGUGGUGAAGUCCAAAACCAGAGAAGGCCAUCAAGAAGUUUUGAGGAGGGUGCUGGAAAGAUGCCGGCUGUACGGAUUGAAGAUGAAUCCAAAGAAAUGCGCAUUCGGGGUGUCAUCCGGUAAAUUCUUGGGAUUCCAAGUACACCAGCGUGGCAUAGAUGUGGAUCCCGAGAAGACUAGAGCCAUAAAUUCUCUUGUGCCACCUAGAAAUUCAAAAGAAUUAAAAAGCUUCAUGGGAAGAUUAUCGUAUAUUCGACGCUUCAUUCCGGGCCUCGCUGCCACUAUGAGUGUUUUUACUCCCUUGCUCAAAAAGGGUAAGCCAUACAAAUGGAGCAGGAAGUGUCAAGAGGCCUAUGAGCAAGUGCAGCAAAUAAUCACUAAGCUGCCCACCAUGAGAGCUCCUAUUCCGGGACUCCCACUCAAACUUUACUUGGCCGCAACAAAUACAGCAGUAGGGGCCUUGCUUGCUCAAGAUGGUCACAGUGGAGAGGAAAGUCCUAUUUAUUAUGUGAGCAGGCAACUAAGAGGAGCUGAAGCAAAAUACCCGAAGACGGAACUCUUGUGCCUUGCUCUUGUCUAUGCUGCACAACGCUUGCGACAUUACUUCCUUGCUCACAAAUUACAGCUCAUGGUGAAAUCUGACCCCGUGAGAUAUUUGCUCACGAGGCCGGUAUUAUCCGGACGUCUUGCGCGUUGGUUGUUACAGUUGUCCGAAUUCGAUAUCACAUGCACCACUCCUAAGGCAAUCAAGGGACAAGCCGUGAUUGACAUGCUGGCUUUAUUUCCUGAAGUCGAAGAAUCAACUGCCUCUCAGGAAGUUCCGGGGGAACUGCCGGAAAUGAUUGCUGUCGUCACGGAAGCAGAACCAUGGACCCUUUAUUUUGAUGGGUCCUCCACAAUGAAGGGUGGAGGAGCAGGUGUAGUGCUCAUUAAUCCUGAAGGGCAAGCUACAGCCCUCUCAUUCAAGCUGAAUUUUCCCUGCACAAAUAAUAUGGCGGAGUAUGAAGCUUUUAUCAUGGGAAUGUCCACAGCGAGGGAGAUGGGUGUAGAGAAAAUUAAAGUUAUCGGAGACUCGAAUCUGGUGCUGAGUCAAUUGCAAGGGAAUUUUGCCGUGAAGGAAUCAACAUUGGCGCCAUAUCGUACAGUUGCUGAGAGGCUUGUUCAGUCUUUCAAACAAGUAGUGUUGGAACAUAUUCCGGGGGUUACCAAUAGGUACGCUGACGCAUUGGCUACUUUGGGGUCAAAGCUCUCAUUUGUUGAGGGACAACCCAGCAUUACUGUGAUCAAGAAGGAUAUGCCAGUGAUAGAAGUAAUGGUUGAAGUGGAGCAGCUAGAGGAGAAUGACUGGAGAAGGUCUGUAAAAGAAAAAAUAGGUAAGGGAAGUGAUAUCAAGGAGUUAAAAGAUUAUGUGAUCAUCUUUGAGGAGCUGUACAGGCGCCUUCCAGGAGGUAUUUUGACCCGCUGCAUAGGGACAACAGAGGCACGAGUGAAGCUCCAAGAAGUGCAUGAGGCCACUUGCAAUUUGGAACCAAUAAUCAGCUUGUAUCGACGUUUGCAACGCAAGGGUUAUUACUGGCCAGAGAUGAGAAAACAAGCAGCUGAAACACAAGCUAAUUGUCCCAAGUGUGCAACGAUGCCCUCCACCGAAGAAUCAUUCACCAUCUCGUUUACGGAGGAUUGGAGGGCUCCGUACUUGGCAUCCUUCAUCAAUGGAGUCCUGCCAACCAAUCCUAAGCAUGCUCGCAAGCUCAAAAGGACAAUGAGAAGAUAUUUCAUAGAUGGGUCGACCCUCUACCGUAAAGGAUUUAAUGGUGAGCCGUUAAAAUGCUUGGGAGAAUCAGAGGCACAGCAAGUUAUGCAAGAAAUUCAUGCUGGAGAAUGUGGUGAGCAUCAAGGAAUGAAGAAGCUUUACCGGCAGCUAUUGAGUAUUGGGUAUUAUUGGCCUACAAUGAAGAACGACGCAUACAAUUUUGUGAAGAAAUGCCACACAUGCCAAGUUCAUGCCAAUUUAAGUCACAAGCCGCCCACGCUGCUGCAGGACAUGCGUACUCCUUGGCCCUUUCACACUUGGGGGCUUGACUUGAUCGGCACUAUUCACCCACCGUCCGACGGCUACAUAUGGAUCCUCACAGCCACUGAGUAUUUCACAAAGUGGGUUGAGGCAGUCCCUCUUCGAAAGGCCACGGGAGCUGCCAUUGCAAAUUUUAUCCGUGAAUAUAUUGUAUGCAGAUUUGGGAUCCCGUAUAAAAUUGUCACCGACAAUGGCACCCCGUUUGUCAAUAAGCAAGUAAGUUCUACGCUUAGUGGAUAUGGUGUCAAGCAUCGACGCUCCACGCCCUAUUACCCACAAGGAAAUGGUCAAGCGGAAGCCACGAAUAAAACUUUGUUGAGAAUCCUAAGCAAAAUGGUGCAUGAGUACGAAGGAGGCUGGAGUGUUCACCUGCCGGAUGCCUUAUGGGCUUACCGCACCUCUCCAAGAAGCGCCACAGGCUUUUCACCCUAUUCACUUGUCUAUGGGUCCGACGUUGUAUCACCUGUUGAAAUUACCAUUCCCACCGCUAGAGUAUCGGCCGUUAAUGAUCUCGAGUGGAAUGCAGUGGCAUGCUCAGAUUGGCGCCUGCUGGACCUUGAAGCCCUGGAUGAAAAAAGAGCUGAAGCAGAGAGGAGGACAUCACUCUAUCACGAAACUGUAACUCGAGCCUAUAACAGGACAGUCAAGCCUCGUGCCUUCAAAGAGGGAGACCUCGUGCUAAAAGUUGUGGAGCAUGUAAGAAGACAGAUAUCGGGACCUUCCAAGUUUGCCCCACAAUGGGAAGGCCCGUUUGCAGUCAAGGAAGUUUACAGCAGCGGCUAUUAUCGCUUGGUCUCUGUCAAAGAAGGCACGCUAACGGAUCUCAUUAAUGGAAAGUGGCUCAAGCUUUACUACUGCUAA